AUGCCGGAGGUGCCCGUAGGAUCUGGGGAUGAUGAUCUCCAGCAGAUGCAGGCACCACAACCGACGACUGUGGAACUGCCCGUGUCGGAUCCCCAAGAUGUUGGUUGCUCCAAAGCAGAGUCCUCCAGCUAUCAUGUCACCACCCAGCCUUUCUGGACGGACCUCAAAGACAGAGUGCAGAGACAGGCUUGGCAGGACAUUGCAGCGAUGCCAGAUGUAAGUCAAUACCUUACCCACUCCUGUAUGGUGUGCGGCAUUUGGAACAACCGCUGCCAAGAAAUGAAUGGACACUAUCGGCUUCAUCACCCAGACCUGACGCAGGGUAUUUUUACCAAAUCAGCUCAGAUCACCAAGAUGAUGCCCAGUACCAGUCCAUGCAUUUUCUGCAAGACACCAUUCAAGCGUGGACACACAUGCAAAGUGGCCACACAGUUGGCUGCCUUGGCCCUGCAUUGCCUCGACCUGACCUGCAACCAGUUGAGCUGUGAUAUUUGCGCAAUGGAGUUUGAAACAACUGCUCAAUUACAUGCUCACCUCAAUUCCGUUCAUGAGGUCCAAAUUCACGACUGGAACGCUGCCAGGGACUCUCUCCCUGAGAGCAACGGCUGCAGUCACUGUGGCCAAAUAUAUGCUACGCGUGCUGGCCUGAGGCGUCACAUUACGGACGGACGCUGUCCGUACUUCAAUCCUUUGGCGACAAACACGCCAUUGAAUGUGGCGGCAAAAUGGGCCAUGAUCCUCCAGGCGGGUACCAUAUCUACCACAGGACUGACAGCACACCAAAGACUCCAGUUGACGCUGCAUUGCCAACUAUGCGGGGAGACGUACUCACGAUGCAAUGACUUGAGUGCGCACCUCCAACAGACACAUGCACAGUUAUGUGCGCAGUCGGGAGAACUUGUUCGGUUUCUUUUGCAAACGUUGAUUUCACAUGUGGGAUGCCUAUGCAACCCUUCCACCAAUGAUGUGAGUCGCACCCAUAUUUGCAAUGUGAUCCGACAGCUGUCCAUGAUUUUCCUGACCAGUGAGCAAGAUCUCUUGAUUCCGUGGAGCUUCAGUGAAGCUGACCUGCGGCUGGCCUACCGACACGUGGCGUCCAAUGCUCAUGUUGACAUGAUGAUCAAUGUGUUGGUUGACAGAGAUUAUAGCCAUCUGUGGCAUGCUCCCACUCUGCUGAAACUGUUCCGAAAUCGCUGUGUACUCUGUGGCAUCCAAUUUCACCCUGCGGCAUUGACCAUGCACCUGAUGGCUCAGCACCAUGACCGAAGUCAGUGGGCGGCUCAGAUCAAAUUUCAACUUUUGCAAUGUUUUACGUUUUACACGUGA